AUGUUUGACGACACCGCGCCGCUGGCGUCGCUAUCCGUCACGCACGUGUAUUAUGACCCGGAAGACCCAGUGUCCCUGCUAUGCGCGUACCUAGCCCUCCUGCCGCAAGCCCUCUGCAUCGUGUACACCACGCUCAUCCUGUCCACGCGCGAGGUCGAAAUUGCACUCAUGUUCGCCGGCCAGCUAGGCUGCGAAGCGCUCAACUUUCUCCUCAAGCGGCUCAUAAAGGAAGAACGCCCGCGCAGGAUCCACGGCAAGGGGUACGGCAUGCCCAGCUCGCACGCGCAGUUCGUGGCAUUCUGGAGCGUGUCGCUCGUUCUGUUCCUCCUCGUACGGCACAGACCGCACCCGCAACGGCAUGCCAACUCAAACUCGGACCCUGCGAGCCCCUCGCAGAACAGACCAUGGUCAAUGCUGGAAAGAGUCGGCAUAUCUCUUCUCGCGGCCGCCGUGGCUGCCGCAACGGCAUGGAGCAGGAUAUACUUGAAUUACCAUACGCCCAGACAGGUCAUCGUGGGAAGCGUGGCCGGCGUCCUCAUUGCUCUGGGGUGGUUCGCUGUCACCGCGGUGGCACGGCAAACGGGGUUGUUGGCGUGGGGGCUGGAGUUACCCAUUGCCAAGUUGCUGAGGGUACGGGACUUGAUUGUCAGCGAGGAUGUGUGUCAGGCCGGGUGGGAGAAGUGGGAGCGAAGGAACAAGGUCAAGAUGGGCUGA